AAAGCAGACAAAACCUAACACCAAACAAAAAAACAAAAGAAUAAAAUAUAAAAAAUAAAAAACUUCCCUCAUCAUCAGUCAUCACUCUGUGACUGUGGCAAAAGCACAAUUCAUCCUAACCUCAAUGUCCCUUUCUGUAAUCUAAUCCUUCAUUGAUUAAUCAUACUCCAUUUUCACACACACACACACACACACUACAUCAUUAUCUCUCUCCCUCUUCUUUCUCUUCCCUACUCAGCACAAAACAAAAGAGCAGGCAAGAAACAGAGCCAGCCAUUCACACAUACACACAGACACACUGAGCAGAAGCAGUAACUCAGCUCAUCUCAUCUCAGGAGCAGCAGCAGCAGCACUGCCAACAUUCCUCUUUCUCUUUCAAAGCGAACAUAUAGUCACACUGUGGAAUUAAAUUUACAAUAGCCCAGAUAAAUCUUUUGCUCAAAAUCCAUCACAAAGUUCUGAUCUUUGCCUGUUUCUAGUUUCUGAAAAUUGUGGGUUUUGUUCAUUUUGGGUGAGGUGAAAAAAAAUGGAGAAAAUGAUGGUCAUGGCAAGCUACUUACUCAAAGCCUGUGGAAUAGUGUAGGUUUCAGUUAAGGGUGUUUGUUCUAUUUGUGAGCUUGAGUUGGGCGGCUCCCAUUUCUCUGCUUUUUAUUUUUCUUUGCAAGAGGAAAAAGGAAGUAAUUUUUCUUCCUUUUCUUCUCUGUUUCUGCGUCAUUUCUCUCUUUUUAGAGAGAGCUUUCGUGGGUUCUCCUUUCUCUUCUCUUUUUCUUCGUCGUGAAAAGAAUGGGCUGCAGGAGCAUGCUAUCAGGAAACUUGGAUCCAGAGAGGAAGAGGAGUGGUGGAUUAAGAACAAAACAAGCAGGAAGAGGUUCUUGCAGGGGAAGUUAGACCUUGAAAUUCAACUCGCCGGAGAAACAAGAAAGAUGACAUCUUUCCGGCGCUGAAAAAAAAAUUUGCUUUUGCUCUGUCUUUACGAAGUCUACUGUUCAAUUUAUCCAUCUCUAUAUCUCUUUCAAUCGAUACUCAAAACACAAAGUUCAUACAUUUGAUGCAUACAAAAAAUAUGGGGUAUUUGUUGAAGGAGGCUUUGAAGACUCUGUGUGGAGUCAAUCAGUGGUCUUAUGCAGUUUUCUGGAAGAUCGGUUGUCAAAAUCCAAAACUUUUGAUAUGGGAGGAAUGCUAUUACGAGCCAGUGAUACAUAGUGGCCUAUCUGGAAUUUCUGGGGUUCAGAACCCAGAAAUGGGUUUCGAAGAUUUGAUUUCACCUGAAGCAUGUAAUUCUCAUGUUGGCGCCCGUGCAGGGAAUGGACUCUGUUUACUUAUGAACAAAAUGAUGAUGAACAAUCAUAUAAACGUGUUAGGAGAAGGGUAAUCAUUGUAUUGACUAAGAGUUGAUUUUGUACAUGGGAUGAUUGAAUUAUACAUUCAUAACUCUGAUGAUGCACAAUGGACUUGCAGACUAAUUGGCCGUUCGGCAUUUACUGGAUCUCACGCGUGGAUUCUUGCGGAGGGAUAUAGGAGAGAUGCACAUCCACCUGAGGUUGUAAAAGAAGUUUGUCUACAAUUUUCAGCUGGAAUGCAGACAAUUGCAGUUGUCCCUGUUCUUCCUCAUGGUGUUGUUCAAUUUGGAUCAUAUGUACCGAUGAUGGAGAAUGUGGCUUUUAUAAAUGAUGUGAAGUCCUUGGUUCUGCAAUUAGGAUGUGUCCCUGGUGUAUUGCUCUCUGAAAGUUAUGCUACAAGAGAACCCGUGCCAAGGGUUGGAGUACCAAUCUGUCCUGGAAAUCCUCUAAAUGGAAACUACUUGGAGAGAUCAGAGACUUAUAACUCUACCCCUUUGAUUUAUAACCCCCGUGGUUACGACUGUAGCUUGUCUGAGGCUGUAACACGUGCUAGUCAAACUUCUUGCUCAGUUGGACAAAUUCCAGAUGUUGGUCUUUGUUCAUCCUUGUUUCAAUCCCGUGACUUGGGUGGAGGUUUGUUGGGAUCCCAUGAUGCUCAGCCGAAACAAAGAACUGGUCUUUUAGCAAAUUCACAGCAGUCUACUACUAGCCAACUGGCCCCUUUAACAGCAAAGGCUGAAGUGUUAUCUUCAAAUCCUGAAGUUUGGUUGAAUAAGCAAAGUUCCUUGUGCACUUCAAGCUCACACUUCGAUCAGAAAUUACCUGUUGUCUCAUCAAUAAUGAAUGCUGUUGGCUUAAAAUAUGAACAGAUCUCAUCUGAAACUGGUUUCCAAGGGCAUAUGGAUAACAGUUUCAAUAUAUCCAGUGAUAUGGUUACAAAUGCAGACCUAGUAUCUACUGUAGAUUCUGUUACACUCCACUCAGCUAACAGAAUCAACAUGCAUGGUGAUGUGAAGAGCAAUUUACAGUCAGUUCCAAGUUUUAUGUCACACUCAGAGGGAAACUUGAUUUCCUGCAAAAAUAAUUCUAGCUCUCAAAGUAGGAAUGAAACUCAGAAUGCUAAUUCGUCUAAGUCCGAGGUUUCCUGCUCUAAAGUGGUUGAACACUCCAGUGAAAGUAACUUGCUAACCAGCAGCUCUGUCACUGUGUAUCCUUCUGCAGAUAACAAGUUCAUAGUUGCUGAUUUUGAUGAUGUAUAUGGUGGACUAGAGCAUGAUUUGUAUCAAGCACUUAGUGGUUCAAUUUCCAAACCAGAUGUAAGCAAUUUAAGUGAAAGUGUUCCUGGUAUAACUCCUAAAGAUGAAAAGCCGGGAUGUGGAAUGCAGAAUCUGUCACUUGGAGAUGCUGUGAAUGCAGGCCAACACUAUACUGGAAAUGACUUGUUUGACAUUUUGGGGGUUGAUUUUAGAAACAAAUUGCUAAACAGUGAGUGGAAUAGCUCUCAGAUUAGCAUGUCUGACUCAAGCAUAACGUACCUUGAUAAAACUAAUUCCAAAUCGUUCAAAGGUGCUGAUGCUUCUAAAGAUACAUAUGCUGUCAAUCAAGAGAAGUCAGACAACAGUAUAUUCUCUGUGACAAGUGCCGACCAUCUCUUAGAAGCUGUAAUCUCUAAGGUUCAGCCAUCUUUGUCUUGUAGGACCAGUUUGACAAAUACCAGUAGUUUGUCCGCUCCUACUAUGUCAAGCUCCAGCUCUGGAUUUCCUGUCACUGGUCACCACCUUCAGGGGGAUUUAUAUGCUUUUCCCAAAUCUAUUGGAAAACUUGGUGGUCUUGGCUCCUGUUCAUUUACCUCUGGGCCUGGGAAGGAUAACAAAUCAAGUUACUCCAAUAGUGGUUCCAUUUGUGGAUCACAGUUGAGUUCAUGGAUUGAACAACAAGAUGUGAAGCCGAGUAGUAGUGUCUCUACUGCAUAUUCGAAGAAAACUGAUGAAAUGAGCAAGACAAAGAAAAGGCUUAAACCGGGAGAAAAUCCUCGUCCCAGGCCAAAAGAUCGUCAAAUGAUCCAAGAUCGUGUCAAAGAAUUACGGGAAAUUGUGCCUAAUGGGGCAAAGUGUAGCAUAGAUGCUCUUCUAGAACGCACAAUAAAGCAUAUGUUAUUCUUGCAAAGUGUCACCAAACAUGCAGACAAGUUGAAGCAAACUGGUGAUACAAAGAUAAUUAGUAAAGAAGGUGGGCUGCUUAUCAAAGAUAACUAUGAUGGUGGAGCUACUUGGGCAUAUGAAGUUGGUUCACAAUCUAUGGUUUGCCCUAUUAUAGUUGAGGAUCUCAAUCAACCUCGUCAGAUGCUUGUGGAGAUGCUUUGUGAAGAAAGGGGUUUGUUUUUGGAGAUAGCUGACAUUAUUAGAGGACUGGGAUUAACAAUCUUGAAGGGGGUUAUGGAAACUCGUAAUGACAAGAUCUGGGCACGCUUUGCUGUAGAGGCUAACCGUGAUGUGACAAGAAUGGAAAUUUUCAUUUCACUCGUUCGCCUCCUGGAGCAAACUGCCAAAAAUGGUGUCCCGCCUGGCAACUGCGUCGAGAAUGACACGAUGAUGGCUCAUCAAUUUCAACCAGCUACAUCAAUACCGGCAUCUGGUAGGCCGUGCGAUCUGUAGUGGCGCAUCUUCAGUGGUAGGUUGGGUCUGGAUAUGUUGAGAGCGAGUGUGCUGUACACUUGCUGUGACUAACAUUUAGUCCAGAGAAUUUCAAAGUUCCAAACACUGACUAAAUAACUUAGUCCAUGGACAUCAAUUUGGAAAUGCAACGUUUUGAUGAAUUGUAUGUAAUGCUUUCUGGCCUGUUCAUGGGUAUUUGAGGUGAAAGAAGAUGGGAAGUAGUUCAGAAUGAUCACACUAUUAUUGUGGCACAAGGGUUCAGGCUAGUUCUCUCUACAUUGUGCUUUUUUAAUUGCUUCUGUAUAGGAGAGAUGGGAAUCGGGAUAUAUAUAGAAGGGGGCCUGUUUUCUCCAUUAUCAAACAUUUGGUUUUUGUAGUUAAUUAAUUUAUCUGUUUUUAGUUAGACGACUUACUAGUAUAGCAAUUAAUUUUCUCUGUUUUACUAGAAAAUUUUAGACCUUUCUUGUGGUAUACUCGUUCCAAAAUGACUGUCUUGUUUGGAAUUUCAUUUUGGGAUAAAAAGAAUUGUUGCGACAAGAGAAAAUUCCAGCGGAAAGUUGUUUUUAAAGCUAUGCCCAAAAAUUAGAGAAGAUCAACUCUGACAAUCGUCAUGGAG